CUGGACCGGUGCUGUGACACAAAUAGCACGUGAUGACUGGCCAGCAUGCCACGUACACUCCAGCUGCCACCUGGUUUACAGCACCAGAGCCCCUGUCACAUUCACUGCUGGAGAUCUGCACCAGAGACAUGGCAGGCCUGCUGUGUGGGACCAAAAGGAAGAAGCAAGUGAGCGACCUGCACGAAGAGGGAAAGAAUGCCAUCAACUCUCCUCUCCAGCCCUCCAGCAUAGACAUCCACCCGGAGGACACCAUGCUCGAAGAGAACGCAGAAAGAAGUAUGAUUGACCCCACCUCAAAAGAAGAUCCCAAGUUUAAAGAACUGCUUCGGGUUUUGAUUGACUGGAUUAAUAACGAGCUGGAGGAAGACAGAAUCAUCGUGAAGGACCUGGAGGAGGAUCUGUAUGAUGGACAGGUGUUGCAGAAGCUGUUUGAGAAGCUCUCGGGGUGCAAGCUGAACGUAGCUGAAGUGACCCAGUCGGAAAUCGGUCAGAAGCAGAAGCUGCAGACAGUUCUGGAGGCCGUGAACGAGCUGCUGCGUCCCAACGGCUGGUCCAUCGAGUGGAGCGUGGAUUCUAUCCACUGUAAAAACCUGAUCUCUAUCGUGUACCUCCUGGUGGGUCUGGCCAUGCAUUUCCAGGCUCCCAUCCGACUCCCAGAGCACGUGUCUGUGCAGCUAGUCGUUGUGAAGAAAAGAGAAGGCCUGCUUCAGUCAUCGCAUGUCACCAAGGAGCUCACCACCACUACAGAGAUGAUGAUGGGGAGAUUUGAAAGAGAUGCUUUUGAUACUCUGCUUGACCAUGCUCCUGAUAAACUCAGCGUUGUUAAAAAGUCUCUUAUUACCUUUGUGAACAAGCACCUAAACAAACUGAACCUGGAGGUGACCGAGCUGGAGACACAGUUUGCAGAUGGGGUGUAUCUGGUUUUGCUGAUGGGAUUGCUGGAGGAUUACUUUGUCCCCCUGCACAACUUCUUUUUGACUCCGGAGAGUGUUGAGCAGAAGGUUCUUAAUGUUUCCUUUGCCUUUGAGCUGAUGCAGGAUGGAGGGCUGAAGAAACCUAAAGCACGUCCUGAAGACGUUGUCAAUUUGAAUCUCAAAUCCACCCUGAGGGUUCUGUAUAACCUGUUCACGAACUACAAAAACGCAGAGUAACCACUGGAGGGCGCUGUGUACAGCUACAAAUACAACUCUCAGGAAGACCAGCCAUCAUCUCAGUACUGCUAAUGGAGACGAGCAUAGCCACACUGGAAUACAAGGGUUUGAAUGAAGGAGUAGACUCAUUUCUAGCUCUUCAAUUAAAUUAGUAGACUUUGCUUUCUCUCUCUCUCUCUCUCUCUCUUUCUCUCUUUCUCGUGUCUGCUGUAUCCUGGCACAGUCAUGCAAGCGUGCUAGGACAUGAGUUGUACUGUAAUUUGUACUAUAUCUUCUUCUUUUUGUACCUUCUCUAUGCAAUUGCCUUGGUUUUAUUUAUGCAAAGGUGUUUUUUGUUGAAAGGAGAGUGCUGAAAAUGAACUAAAAUGUUCCUGUUUUUUGUACUAAUUUGUAGUUUCUUAGUGUUGCAUUACUGAAGUGUGCUCAUAAGCUUUAGUGAGACAGGAAACAUGUGUUUUGUUGCUACAUUUAAAACGGAUGCCUUCUCACUAACUGCUGCUAUAAUAGCUUCUCUUAGUUGCUAUACAUAUGAGAAUGUGCAGGACUUGCAUUAAUAAGGUACACCAUACUUUUGUAAUGUUCGCUGUGUGAGACCAAUAACUUUGUUAAGAUGAAACUGAAAUUUUGCGGUGUAAAAUAAUUUAUCAAACAUAAUUCAGAAAGCAGUGUUAGAUGACCGUAUUUAUUUAAGGAGCGUAAUAAUGUGGUAGAUUUUAAAAUGCGGGUUUGUGUGAAACAUUAAACCAGGUGUAGCAUAUACAGCACUGUAAGCACUAUGCGCUUGUGCUUUUCGUGUGUAUUAAUCGAACGCACAUUUAAAAAUGCAGUUUGUCUUGUUCAUUUCAACAUUUGCUUGCUUGUAAUAUUGACAAGUCUAGUCAGCAUUUCUCCAGUGUGCACUGUAUGAUAAUUCAAGACAUAACCAAGAUUCUUUUAAAUUGUGCAUGAAGUCCAUACUGUGAAUGCAGCAAAAUAAUUGGAUUGUUGGUCGCAGCGUGCAAGUUUACUGGAGGUUUUGUUGAUUGGAAAAAAUGUUCUUUACUGUAUUAGGUCCCUUAUGAAACCACUUUAUUCAUACGAAAUCGAAUCCUUUCUUGAAUUAUGCUGGAUAUUUAUGGAUGUUGAAAGGCUAUAAAACCCCUAAUGAAAGUUUUUAGCAAUAUUACUUUUUUUUUUUUUGCAUGUUGUUCAUCUCGAAGCCUUGAUUUGCAAUAAUAAUUCGCAGGAGAAGGUUUAUGGUUCAACUUUUCUAGGUAAAGACUAUUUGAUCAUGUGAAGUUUGCUGUGUUUGUCCAAAUGCUGAUUGCUUUGGAUGUGUGCAUGGCCUGAUGAAUUUCCUGUCCAUGCAAUAUCUUCUGCUUCAGUAACCUUCUUUCACUUACUAUACUGGUUUUGAUCAGGUAUGACGUGUGCCAAGUUACACCUCCAAGUUUGAAAAAAAAAAACUUAACAGGGAUGAAAAGAAGACUCCCAUUGCAUAGCAGCUGGAUCAAUUCCUGGUUCAACUAUGAGUUUUUAAUAGGACACACCUGAGCUUGUUACCUGUACACUGUGGCUCAUCAAGCUCAUAGUAAAACCAGGAAAGGGUGAAACUGCUAUACAGUAGGAUUGUUAUUUCCAUCCCUGCAAUACAAAUGUUUGUGUUCAGAAGGCUGGAUUUUUAGUUCUGAAACUGUUAUGCUGCCAACAACACUGUAUUUAUAUGUCUAAAUGAACGUUUUACCAAAACAUUGUACCAAAAUAUCCGACAGAGCCAUAUGUACAGAGGAUGCCAAUGCAUGCUUGCCUUAAUACGUUAUUUAAAACAUGUUGGCAGAUCUGCUGCCAGAGUACGAAAAAAGAAUGUGUAAACUAGUGGCUGCCGUGUGUGUGUUUUGUUCUAAUAAAAAAGAUGUUGUGAAACAAA